UGUUUGUAGUGAAGUAGAGGAGGUGCCAGUUGUUUGAUAUUUCAGUACUGUAUAUAAAGGCAUGGAAUUCUUCACCUCUCAUCUUCUACUUUCCUACAGCUAUUAGCUGCUCUUGGGACUGAUCUCUCCUUUCACUGUUAACUGAAGGACUCUAACUUUCUGGAAAUACGUAUAAAAUUAUACCAUGCCAGAACCCACCACCAAAACUGCUUCGGCGUUUACAAAGGUACCGAAGAGUAUUGAAGUAACCGUUGGCAGUGUAGCAGAAUUCUCCGCUGAAACUGCCAAGGUAGGAGCCGACGUCAAAUGGCAGAAAGAUGGUGAAGACAUCCAAUCAGGUGAAAAAUACACCAUCCGAGCAAAGGACACACAACAUACACUGACAGUCAAUGAGGUAACUCCAAACGACGAAGCAGUGUAUUCUGUUAUAUGUGGGACAUCCAAAAUACACUUUGAUCUCAAAAUCUUUCAUCCAGAAUUAACUGCUCCAUCCCCAAUUCCAAAAGAAUUAACUGCCCCAUCCCCAAUUCCAAAAGGAAAGAAAAAAAGUGAAUCUGUGGUUAUACUACCACCACCAUCAUCAGGAGAGAAGGAAGAAGACGACUCAAGGAAGAUGAUGCCAACUCCACCACAGGAAGAAAUGGAAGUCAAUGAAUCAGGGAAUAUCUCCUCACCAUCGCCACACCCAGAAGAUGGAGAAGAAGGAAGUGGCCUGCCAACAGAUGACAGUCUUCCAGACUCUGCAAAAGGCAGAAAAGAUUCAGUAUGGUCUGUUGGUGAGGGGUCUACCGAUGAGAUCGAUAAACAUGAUGAAUCACAGCGAUCUACAUUAUUUAUUGAAAAGCCACAAUCCACCGUGAUUAAUGUUGGUGGAGAUGUUAUAUUUACAGCCAAGGUAGAAGCCAAAGAUCUUCUUCGGAAGCCAACAGUUAAAUGGUUCAAGGGUAAAUGGAUGGAUCUGGCAAGCAAAGCUGGGAAACACUUGCAAUUAAAAGAACUAUAUGAUCGUAAUGCAAAGAUCUUUACAUUUGAGAUGCAUAUCAUCAAAGCCAAAGAGAACUAUGGAGGAAAUUACCGUUGUGAAGUAACAUACAAAGAUAAAUUUGACAGUUGCACUUUUGAUCUGGAGGUUCUUGAAUCUCCUGCAACUCCUCAGCCAAUAGACAUUCGAUCAGCUUUCAAAAGAAGUGGUGAAGGACAAGAUGAUGCAGGAGAACUUGACUUCAGUGGUCUUCUUAAACACAGGGAGGUAAAACAAGAGGAUACAGGCCCAGACAUUGAUGUGUGGGAACUGCUGAAGGCAGCACAGCCCAGUGAAUAUGAAAAGAUUGCAUUCCAGUACGGUAUUACUGACUUGAGGGGUAUGCUUAAACGACUAAAACGCAUAAAGAGAGAAGAAAAGAAGAGUGCAGCUUUUGCCAAGGUGCUGGACCCUGCAUACCAGGUGGAUAAAGGUGGAAGAAUUAAACUGAUUGUGGAUCUGGCAGACCCAACUGUGGAUCUGAAAUGGUACAAAAAUGGGCAAGAGAUUCGACCCAGCACAAAUCGGAAGUUUAUUUUUGAGCACAAAGGAACUCAACGCAUGCUCGUCAUAAAUAACUGCACCUUGAAUGAUGACGCUGCCUAUCAAGUAAGAGCAGGAGAUGAAAAGUGCCAGACAGAACUGUUUGUAAGAGAGCUUCCAGUUACGAUAACAAAGGAGUUACAAGAUACCUCAACAUAUGUUGGUGAAAGAUUUGAACUUGAAUGUGAAGUUUCAGAAGAGGGGGCCAAUGUGAAAUGGUUUAAGAAUGGUGUUGAACUAGAGAAUGGGGUCCGAGCUAGACACCGAAUUAAAGAAGAUGGCCUGAAACAUUACCUGUAUAUAGACGAUGCGACCAAAGCGGACUCAGGGACAUACUCAGUGAUGACUACUGGUGGAACUUCUAAGGCUGAAAUUAAAGUUGACCUGAGACCAUUAAGGAUAAUACAGCCUCUGACUGAUAUGACAGUAAAGUUGGGUGAUGAGAUCAAUCUCAAGUGUGAAAUUUCAGAAAAUAUAUCAGGACGAUGGUACAAGAAUGCCCAAAUCAUACAGUCUAGUGACCGCGUAAAGAUGUACCAUAAAGGAAGAAUCCAUAGGCUGAUAAUAAUGAAUUCCCUAGUAGAUGAUGAAGGUGAUUACACAUUUGUUCCUGAAGCUUAUGCCAUAACCCUGUCUGCUAAAGUUCAUGUAAUAGAUCCACCAAAAAUUCAUCUAGACUUUCUUAAGUCAGUUGACUACACUGUGACUGUAGUCUCUGGAAAUAAACUAAGAUUAGAAAUCCCAGUUUCAGGGGAACCUGCUCCAAAAGUUGUAUGGAAGAGAGGAGAUAAGGUCAUUACAGACAGCGGUGGACGAAUAAGAGCCGAGUCGCACCCUGAUCACAGCAGUCUAAUAAUUGACUGUGCUGAGAGAGAUGAUUCAGGCAACUAUUCAAUCAUGGUGAUGAACGAGGCUGGCUUAGAUUCUGCAGUGAUAAAAAUAAAAGUGGUCGAUGUGCCAGACCCUCCUGAAGCACCACUUGUAACUGAAGUGGGUGAAGACUGGUGCAUCAUGAACUGGGAGCCUCCAAAAUAUGAUGGUGGAUCACCUAUUUUAGGAUACUUCAUUGAAAGAAAAAAGAAACAAAGUUCCAGAUGGAUGAGACUAAACUUUGACCUUUGUAGAGAACAUACAUUUGAGCCCAAGAAAAUGAUUGAAGGAGUAGCAUAUGAAGUUCGUGUUUUUGCUGUCAAUGCAAUUGGAACUUCCAAACCAAGCAUGCCAUCCAAAGCUUUUAUUCCCUUAGCUGUAACCAGUGAACCAACACUUCUGGCAGUUGAUGAUGUCACUGAUACCACGGUAACCAUGAAGUGGCGACCUCCAGACCAUAUUGGUGCUGCAGGACUUGAUGGAUAUGUGAUAGAAUAUUGUUUUGAAGCAGGUACUGUUCCAGAUUCUGAUUCAGAUUCCGCUUGGACUCCCAUAAUCACAGAUGCAGCGCAGUUCAGAAAUUUAGGAGCACUGACAGAUUCGAAUGAAGCAGCAAAACUCACUGACAGUAACGUGGAUAAGUCAGCUGAGGUGGAUGCAUCAGCUGCAGUGCAGCCAGGUACAGUCGCAGCUCCUCCCUCUUCAGGAAAAACAACCCCGACUAAGGAUGCAUCUGUGGCCUCAGAAACUAAAGAAGUCCCAGACUCCUCAAAGGCAGGAGGAGAAAGUGCAGCUCAGAAAGGGAAAGCGCUCACUGGCAAGCAGGACAAACCUGUUCUCCCUGGCAAAGUGGAAAAUAUUACACCAGCAGGGAUAGCAGGGGGGCAGCCAGUGAGCCAAACUGAGCAAGCUAAGGCCACAGCAGAGCCUACACUAUCAAAAGAUAUUCAAAUCACACAAGAUAACAGAGGUGUGGAUGCAGCCAGCGAGCAGAAAGAAAGCAAAGAUGCAGUGACUACACCAACUGAAGUUGCUAGACCGUCAGAGAGGUGGACUGUAGCUAAUCCUGAUCUGACAGAUAAGACACGAUUCACUAUUCCUAAUCUGCCUACUGGUGCAAAAAUUUUUGUGAGAGUUAAAGCAGUGAACGCAGCUGGUGCAAGUUCGCCCAGACUCCAUCCUCAGCCGAUUUUAGUCAAGGAAGUUGUAGAACCACCAAAGAUUCGUCUUCCAAGACAUCUCAAGCAAACGUAUAUUCGAAGGGUUGGAGAAACUGUGAAUCUUGUUAUACCUUUCCAGGGUAAACCAAGGCCGAAAGUCAUCUGGAAAAAGGACGGUGUCCUCGUAGAUGUAAGCCAGGUCAGCAUCCGAAACAGUGAGUGUGACACAAUCAUAUUCAUCAGGAAAGCAGCAAGGGGUCACUCUGGAAAGUAUGAGCUAACAGUGCAAGUGGACACCUUAGAAGACAAAGCUACAAUAGACAUCCAGAUAGUAGAUCGUCCUGGGCCCCCUCAGGUUGUACAGAUCGUGCAGGUGUGGGGAGAGAAUGCUGCUCUGGAAUGGAAGCCACCAAAAGAUAAUGGGAACGCAGCCAUUACUGGUUACACAAUUCAGAAAGCUGACAAAAAGACAAUGGAAUGGUUCACUGUUAUUGAACACUACCAAAGGACAAGUAUAACUAUUCCAGACCUAAUUAUUGGAAAUGAAUAUUACUUCCGUGCUUUCUCUGAAAACAUGUGUGGCCUCAGCGAGAAUGCCACGGUAACCAAGAACUGUGCCAAGAUUGAAAAAGAAGGUACACCAUACAAAAAUCCAAUUUACAAAGAAUUUGAUUUUUCAGAAGCACCUCAGUUCACCCACCCUUUGAUCAGCACAAUAGCUGUGGCCGGUUAUAAUGCAACACUAAACUGCAGUGUCCGGGGAAAUCCUAAGCCCAAAAUAUACUGGUUCAAGAACAGAGUACUUAUAACAGAUGACCCAAGAUACAGAACAUUCAACAGUCAGGGAGUCUGCACACUGGAAAUUCGCAAACCUAGCCCAUACGAUGGUGGGAUAUAUUCCUGUAAAGCAGAAAAUGAUCUUGGGUCAACAGAAGUUGAAUGCAAACUAGAGGUUAAAGUUACACAAUAAGGAUUUAUGAGUGUAUAUUUCAUCAAAGGUGGCAUAACCUACUAUGAACUUUUGAUGCAGGGAGUACCUGAAAGUGCGAUUCAAUCAUAUAUGCGUGGAAUAAAAGUGAAUGAAACUGAGAAAAAAUAAUAUUUUCCUAGGGCACUUUAAUGCAUUUGCAUCAAAAUAAUUAACUAGAAUUAUUCUCCAUUUAAAUUACUGCAUUAACCACGCAGGAAGGCGAUAGAAAUUUCUUCUUGCAUUAUCAAGGACAAGAUAUGCAAGUGGAUUGCCUAUGCUGAUUGAGAGAAUAAAUCACAGUCUGCAAAUAUAAUCCAGUAUGGUACAAAGUUUGCCUUAAAUUUUGAAAAAGAGAAAUAGAGACUGUAAAAUAAGUAUAGUACAUCAUGUGAUCAUUUCUGUUAACAAUGAAUCGUCUGUUUAUUUUAGAAACCAGCAAUUAAAACUGAAUUAGCUAACAGUAUUGUGUCUUUUUGAUGUGUGAUUAAUUUCAACAGGAUCGGCAAACUGUACAGUAAAUUAACAUGCAUAUUAGUCAUGUACUAUUAAAUACAGUUAUAGUAGCUGAAAACAAAGAGUAACUACUAUUGUUCAUUCAGUUUCAACAAAGCAGAUACUUCUAAUUAUGUCACCAUUUAGUAAAACUAUACAGUUGACUAACAGAUCUGAUGAGCAGCGUUUACAUAAACAAUGGCCAUAUAAACAAUAACGUUGUUAAAUAUAGUAACCAAUUAUAAAUGAGUCAGACCUGCAUAAAUUGCAAACUUUAUAGAAAAGCUAUAGCUUGAAAUCAUCAACUGGUCCACUGCAGGGUAUUUAUUUCCACAAUACUAUUUCCUUUAUUUGUAUGACCUAAUUUUAAUAGAUUUAUUAUAUAUCUUAGACAACUAACAAUACCUAGGUAUACUGUUUCACAUAAUGUUUCAACAAGGUAAAUAUUAUUUCAUUACAUAGCCAUACUACCAAAGCUUUUCACUGAAAAUUGAAAAACUACCAGAAGAUUUGUGAUAUUCAUGUGUAUUUGUUUAUUUAUAUGUUAGCUGAGCCGUCACUGUUUCUGCCUUGCAGCUCCAGAGAUCCGGUUCAGAUCUGAUUUUUGGUUAUGUUCUGUAUGAAAUAUGUGUGUUCUAUUCAUGUCUUUGUGUGUGUGUGUGUGUGUGUGUGUGUGUGUGUGUGUGUGUGUGUGUGUGUGUGUGUGUGUGUGUGUAUGUUUCAGCUAUUAUAGUUUCUUCCUGCCUUUCAACAGCAUGUUGGUUGAAUUGGUUACUCUAAAAAUGUCUAUUAAACCUUACUGCCCUUAACCUUACCCUUGCUGCAUGGGACAUGGGAGAAAUGCAUUCACAACAGACUAGUUCAUUUACCUUUGUUAGAAAACUGAGGCAUCGGAAACUGAUAUAUGUUAUGGUCACUCCACCCAUAUCUCUGUGCCGUCUGAGUAAAUAAAACAGAAAGAAAAGUAGUUGCCUGUAUUACACUGAAAUAGUAUACUAGAAUUAGUAUGAAAAUGAUGACUAAAUGUUAGUCAGCGAUAAUCUGAUGUCAUAAACAGAGUUCUGGAACAGGUGACCUUCAAUGGGUGGGCACAGAGGUGAUUUUUUAUUGCUAUAUUCUGAAGAAAACAAUGUUCCCUUUGCUGUCUUAUCGGCUUUGCACUCAAAGAUGUAUGCAUAGCACUUUAAAAAACAUGAAUACUUCAAAUAGUUCAGUACAAAAAAUGUAAAUGGUUUGUAUAUGUGUUACAUCCAAAAGUGGUGCACUGGUGAAUUCUGAGCUAUGAACAUUAACUGAGAGCUUAAUAUUUUAAUUAUUUGAAACAAGAGAGACAGUGAAAGCCCUGUAUGACCCUUUUCUUUUCUAUCAAAAGAAUAUUAACAUUGAAUUCCCUUUCAAUCCAUUUGAUUCAAUUCUAGUACUGUUAUGUAGUCUGAUGCUCUGUCAAUGGUAAAAGUCCCAUUAUCGGUGUCAUUUUAUAAUGUUUAAAGCCUCUGUACUUUGCCUGUGUCUUUUAUAUUUAACUGGCAGCUUGAUGCUUUAAUUAACCCAGGGAUGGUCAUCCCAUUUCCUUAGUUUUUUGGCCUGUUAUUUUCCAAGAUGCCAGAAAGACCAAUUUCCAUAUUUACAUAUCACUGUUCAGCAAAGAUAUAUCUUCUUCAUCCGAUUCAUUUCUCUGAAUAACUUUCACCUAAUUGUCAGUGUUGUCAAACUAUCAUUGUACUUGAAAAAGAAAUCUCAACUGAACUAGAUUUUAAAUAGUACUUAUUACAUUACCGUGUAUAUAUUAUAAAAGGUAGUUGUAAAAACAUAUUAGGAUCCCCAGAUAUAACACAGCUGCUGAUCUUAUGCUAAAUGUUUAUGAUUAAUGUGAUUUAUGAAAAUAGUUACUACUCAUUGUCAGAAAAUAUCUUUAUGGAGCUUUAUAAAAAGUGUUCCCUUAAAAUGCAAUAGUUUAUGUUUUGUUUAAAUACUUGCAUAUUUUUAAACCAUUAGUCUGAAAAGUGACAUGUAAUUUAUUGUCAUAAUUGUAGAACCAAAAACCAAUACUACCCCCCCCCCCCCCCCCCCCAAUUAUGGAACACUGCACCAUGUAACAGCAUAACUGUACAAACUAAGAAAUCCAAGCUACCUACAAAUCUCUGAAUGAUGAAUUUUGGGUUGCAUUAUUAUUUUGCAGUUGUCAUGUAGUGUUACUCAAGUAACAGACAAAGAGCACAUGAUGUAUAUUAUGAAAUAGUAAGUUAUAUUUAUAAGAGAAUUGCUCUGCAGUGUAACAUUACUUAGAGAUGGAUCAGAUUCAGAGUGAAAGCAAACUUAUAAAUGUGUGAACCUGUAAUAAGAAUGUUUAUUAAUGAUUUAAAAGGAGAACAGUUAUGUAGAUGGUUAAUAUGCAGAUUGCUUAAAAGGUUUAUGCAUGUAAUGUCAUGAGUAUUGUAAGUCAAAAGGAGCAGAAGAGAUGUAGCAAAUGUGCUUUUUCUUUAAAAGUCACAUGGAUAUAGAAAUUAAGGAGAUAAUAGGCAAAGACUAAAACCAAGGUAUCUUUUAGCAGUAUCCUAAUUCCCAAAAUACAGAUGUAUUUUUAAAAAGCAAAACAGCACCUUACUUAAAGCAUUGCAGAAAAGAUAAAUAUCUUCUAGUCAGACUUAAGCUAAUUGCAUGUUUAUGUUAUUUGCCAUAGUUUUAUAGCCUCUGUUCUGAAAAGGUAUUAAAACAGGGAAGUCAACAAAUCGAGUAUAUCUGAAAAUCUGAUUUUUUGCAGAAAAGUUGUUUUAUCCAUUUCUGAUAUAAUUUAUCUAAUAUUUUUAUAUCAAAUAUUAUGAAGGACAGUUUUGUAAUCAUAGAUUUAUGCAAGUAAGGGCAGCUGAUCAGCUUACAUAAUAUAUCAAAAUAUAGUGGCUUUGAUACAGAACCACAAACACAGAUUGCUUUUUGGGAAUUCUGUGCAUUCUUUGGAAAGUGCAUCAGUAAUAAAAGUUAUGUUUAGAUGAGAGAUAAACUCCAAGAUUAUUUUUUAAUAACCUAGUUAAACAAGCUGCCAGUGUCAAGAUAUUUUUGUGUUUUUGUUCAGAUAAAUCAUCAGAAGUCUUUUAAAAUAUAUAAUUCAGAAAAAUGUUUUGCAUGUGAUUAUAUGAUCAUAAAACAUGAAAAAGAGAAAGAGAUGUGCUGUAACUUUGAAUUUUCUUAUAUAUUUAUUUUAUACUGUACCUAUUUAUAUAUACAUUCACAAAUGUAGAGCAAUUCAUUCUCUUCUUGAUUUCAUCAUUAAUCAGAAGUCUAAGAUAAAUGUUUAAUACCAUGAAAUGCUGUUUAAUUCAUGAAGUAUGUAUACAUAUUAAAAUAUGUUUAACUUGUUGCAGUGUGAUCACAGAUUGGUUUGAUAAAAUACUAAGGCUUGUCAGAUACUAGCUAUAUGGUAACUAAACAACUUGAUUUUUUGUUUAAGGUCUCCUUUGCCAAAGAUAGCAUAUCAGAAUUACAACACCAUAAAUGUGACCUCAAACCUUGACAGAAAAGGGCAAGUGCUGGUCAAUGCUGAAAUGGCCAGUAACUGUUAAAACUAAAAGAUGAAUUUUAAUAAAUGUGUGGAAUAAAGUUCAGUUUAUAGUGCUUCUAUAAUUGUGCAUAAAAAGCCCAUGUUUGCAUUGUGACAACAAAUUAUAAAAUAAAAUCUAAUAAAUCCAA